UCCGGGUGGCUGCGGGCAGCGGUGGUGGCUGCGGCUGCGGGGUCCGUGUCGCAACCAGUGCCAGGUCGCAGCGAGUUCGGAGGCGGAACGCCUGAGGGCGGCGUCCCCACGCGAGGUGACCCCGUCGGAGGGAGCGCACCCCAACCUGCGCCUCCGCGUCCCAGCAGGACCGUCAUCCUGGCCUCCGUGGGCUGAAGCGGGGGCUAGGGGCUCCAGCCCUCCCCUCCCAGGAGGCUCCCUGCCAAGAUGGCGUCAGCUGGAGAUCCCCCGACGGGCCAGCGCGAUGCAGCAGACCAGAACUUCGACUACAUGUUCAAGCUGCUGCUCAUCGGCAACAGCAGCGUGGGCAAGACGUCCUUUCUGUUCCGCUACGCCGACGACUCCUUCACGCCCGCCUUUGUCAGCACCGUGGGCAUCGACUUCAAGGUCAAGACCGUCUACCGCCACGACAAGAGGAUCAAGCUGCAGAUCUGGGACACGGCAGGCCAGGAGCGCUACCGUACAAUCACCACAGCCUACUACCGCGGAGCCAUGGGCUUCCUGCUCAUGUAUGACGUCGCCAACCAGGAGUCCUUUGCCGCAGUGCAGGACUGGGCCACGCAGAUCAAGACCUACUCCUGGGACAACGCUCAAGUCAUCCUCGUGGGGAACAAGUGUGACCUGGAGGACGAGCGUGUCGUGCCCACUGAGGAAGGCCAGAGGCUCGCUGACGACCUUGGUUUCAAGUUCUUUGAGGCCAGCGCCAAGGAGAACAUCAACGUGAAGCAGGUCUUCGAGAGCCUGGUGGACAUCAUCUGCGAGAAGAUGAAUGAGUCCCUGGAACCCAGCUCCAGCCCGGGCAGCAAUGGGAAAGGCCCGGCCUUGGGGGACACCCCGCUGCCGCAUACCAGCAGCUGCCCCUGCUAGAGAUGAUCCCUCAGCCCCGCCCACCCCCUCCUGCCUCGGCAGGAGCAGUGACUGAGGCAUUAGCCACAAGGGCUGUUUCCAAGCUCAGGGCGCCCCCUCCCCUCCCAUCAGCCGCAUCCCCCCCGCCCCCUGCCAACUCCCGCAUGGCGCAUCCUCUGGCCAUGGCCACCAGUCUGCCCCAGCAGCCCCUUUCACAGGCUCCAGACCCUGAGGACUCCACACUGCAGGCAGAGUCUGGGGAUAGGGGCGUGCACGAGCUUGCUGCUUUCAGGCGUCUUCAUGGGGGUAGUGCGGGCAGCGUGUCCCACCCCGCCUGGUGGAAAGGCAUCCACAGUGCCUUCUGGGUUAGAACCACUUAUCCACAUAACGUUUCUUUGGCGGGCAUUGCUUGGAGCUCACGUGCUGGCCAAAGACGGUUCUUCUCCCUCGUGCAGCGGGGAUUCUCAGACUUCACCCCUGGCGAAGUGGAAGGCGGCUCCUUUCUCAGGAUCACCCGGUCUGCUUGUGAACCUUCUCAGACCUCGAGGCUCCAAGGCAGGGUGGUGAUUUCGUCCCCCCAGAACCCUCCUUUCAGGCCUGCACAUCCUCUGCCUGUGAAAGCAGUAUUAAAGCAGCUUUUCCCGUUGUAAGAGAAGAGGGAGUCAGACCCCCCCCCCCACACACACACACCCUGUUCCC